CAGGCCACUCACGCACACAAGUAAACACACAGACGUACUGCCGAUCAAUCGGUGUGAGAGCGGUAUUUAUAAUAUUAUUUUUAUUCGUCGAUUUGCAAGCGGCCGGCACUGAUGAACUAGAAAUGGAGUGGCACGAAGUGGAGUUGGACGGCAGCCGCACGAUUGCGUUCCCGGAGCGCUCAAUACCAGGCUUUGGCCGGGAAUCCGCGAAUUCAGACACUGCCGAAUACCUGGGCGGCAUCAUACACAACGGGCAAUGGGGCUGGGUGACCUGGCGGUAUGGAAGCGACGCCACUCUGCUGAUCUGUAGCAUGACCACCGGCGAUUACCUCUCCUGGCACCGCUUCUGGAGCGAAUCGGACGAUCUGGGACAGCGACACAAACAGGGGCAGCGCAGCAGCAUUCGCUGCGUGGAGGAGCUUUUCCCCGGCGAUCACGAACGCACCGCUAUGCUUGCCAUCUGCCUGGAGACAUGGGACAGCGGCGAGCAAAAACCCGUCAACUGCCCGAUAUCCACGCAGGUGCUCAUCUACUCGAUUCCCGGCAGUCAGGUGCUGCGCCGCUUCGACCUUGACAGCUUGAACUGCAGCGCGCUGACUUUCCUCGAUCAAAGAAUCUGUGGAGGCACGCGACUGAGUCAAUUCGACGGAUGUUUGGCCGUGGCCACCGAGGAGGGCAUGGUUCUGAUGGUCGAUCUGAACAGCGACGGGCUGCUGGAGAGGAACCAUGGACGCAGCCUUUGCUCCCCCAGUUCCGAGGAUGAGCCGUCGUACGGGGAGCUCUACGUCUACUCCAACAAGGAGAUCGGGCAUAAUAUGGACUCCCUGCUGGCCCAUUGUCGUUCCAAAGGGGCUCACAUGUCCGUGCGGGUGGAUGUGGCUUCCUGUGGAAUCAGUUUCUUGAUGGGCAUUGGCUUGGCGCCGGGCUUUGCUGCUGGUCUAGAGGAUGGACAAAUCCUGAUCUACGACUUAAUCCACUUCCACGUGACCACAGCUCUGCGACCGGCUGGGGUAAAGGAAAGGGUUCACGGGGCCGUGAAACGAAUGUGCCUCAUUAUGCCGCCGGAUGACCCCAAACCCUGUUUCUACAUCUGUGCAUUGUACCAAUACGCUGACGGUCUUCACAUGCUGCUGCACUCGGUCAGCUAUAGGCGCUCCUACGUGGAGCAGGAUGGCGACACGUUCCGUUUCGAGCACUUCCAUUCUAGCGUUGUGCGCAACCACCAAAUCUUGGACAGAGGCAUCUGCCCCGUGAUUGGCUGCACCACGGCGUCUACUUUUAGUUUUGCCGGCGACAGCGGAACGCUGCUGAUUGUCAUCUCGUGGCAUUCAAACGCAGAUCGCAAGAACAAGCUAGUCUUGUUCGACAUUAACCAGUGGUACAAGGAUGAGAUGCCCCCAUGCGUGCGCCAGUACGAAGUUCCUCAUUACGUCGCCGGCUACAUCCUCAGUGGUUUACAGACGGGACUGGCAUUGCUGCUACGUUCCAACACCAUUAUGCACUUUGUCUCCCUGCAGCGCUACGAUGAGCACUUUUAUCCCAACUCGCUGACCUUUGAUUGUUCACUGUUAACCCCAACUGGCAGCCGGUACUACGCCCAGGACGGAGUGCAACAUCGUUUUCUGAACGCCCUUCGCUGGGAGCGCGCCACGAUUUUCCUGCGUCCUCAGAUCUACCACGAGGAUAUCGUUCGCCUGCGUCUGCUGCCACAGUUCUGCGAGCUCAACCAUAACGCCACAUUCUCUAAGACAGCCAUGUACGAGGUGAUACUGUCGGUGGCCCUGGAGCACAAGUGCGGAGCCUUGCUGAACGACUGCGCCCGGAGUUGGCUGGACGGCAGCUUCUUGUGCAACAUGCUUGAUAGCACGAAACUCUCCCUGUCCACGCUGACCAACUGGAUCGUGAAGCGCGCUGGACAGAUCAAGACGCGCUGCUCGGAACUUUGCCAGGGCAUCUUUGACUACGGCGGCUACUCACUGGACGAGCGUGAACGCCGAGAGUUUCAGGUGCUCUCCGACCAGCUGCGUGAGUUGGUGCGCUUGCAGUCCUACAUUGUCGAGCUGGGACGCCGCAGGCUAUCCCCCUCUGUUUUGGACGAUUGCCAGGCCAACGAGCGGGCGCUGCAGACGGUGCACGAGUACCAAAGGGUGCUGUACUGGUUUAUAGACCACGGCCUCUUGCCGGAGGGUCAGCACGAGGAUCAUCGGGAGCCCCGGCAGCAGCCACUCGUUCGCCUGCGACAUGAGUACUCCGAAAAACGGGCGCAACGAAAGAGCCUAUACAUAGAUGCGCUGGGAAAGCUCGCCUCCCUGCCGGAACCCUAUCCGCCGGACUCGCUGCAUGCGCUUAUGCACGUGAUGCUCAGUCCCGACACAGAACUCUGCCACAAACAUGCUCUCGUCCUCUACUUGCUGAUGGACCUGAACCAACAGCUGGCCGGGCACUUCCAGACUGCGUUCCAGCUUAAAAGAGAUCUGUCCAAGUCGUUGCGCUCCUUCUGGUUCUUGGACCACGGCGACUACGAGAAAUGCGUGAAGGAGCUAUACAAGGAUGCCACCCCCGCCAGUAACUUCGAAGCGUGGCAGGUGCGGCUGUUAAUAGAGAACCUCCUAGCUGAUGGCGCCGUCAAGGCGGCCAUGCAAGUGGCAGGCCUGCCUCCCGGUCCAUUGUCCUCGGCGCUGCACAUGAGCGUGCUCAUAGCUAACAAAAACUUGCCGGAGGCAUUCCAAAUCGCCCGCCUCAACGACGACGAGGAUGGUAAGCCGCUCCUGGAGCGCUUCUUCCGCCACUGCAUAGAAAUCGGACGCUUCAAAGUCCUGGCCGAGCUGUACCUGCGAGAGCCGGAGGAAAGGCUUUUGUACAGUCUGCUGCGCCACAGCCGAUCGCGUCAGACGGAUUGCGUCCAAUUGAUUCUGCUGCUGCAGAAGAGCAAGUUCAUCGAGGCCGUGUCCUUCAUGGAUGAGGUGGCCGCCGAGCGGGAGCGAGAUGACUCCUCCAGCACUAUUAUCUCAGCCUACCGCUCUACAAUGGCACCAGUUGCACAGAACAUCGCCGGCACCUAUCUCCGCAUCAGAGACACCUUGGACGGCUUGGAGGAUGGCCAAAAGGGCGGUCUUUUGGAGCCAUUCAGCUGCCAGCUGGUCAAACAGAACGCCAGCGGCCAGCUGGGCGGCAUCUUUCAGAGUUCCGCCGUCAGUGCCCACUGGGCAACACACUGCCACUCGCCCCCAAAGUUGCCCCCUGUCUCGAUUCAAUCAAAAAUAGGCUAUACAAAUGUUCCGUUUCUGCGGCACGCGCAGUACGGACUUUCGGAGCUUCCUUACCGCCGUCGCAUAGUAAAGCCAGUCCCACACCAGGUGGUGGAGAAACGACAGCGGGAGCGAGAGGAGCAGCAAGAACAGAGUCAGGAAGGCUCGAAGCAGCUAUAUAAGCGUCGUUGUCUCAAGGUUGAAAGACUGGUGGAGGAUGUAACAGAUUACGUGAGAUCCAUUCUAGAACAGAAUUCGAACAAAUCGGAGACGGAAGGGGCGAAACAAAUCGAGGCCACCAAUCUAUUGCAGGCGCCAACUUUUCUUCAGACGCGCCAUCCGACGGCACGCCAGAGCAGCAGUUCGCCACAACCAAUUCCCACGAUCCUCAAGCGAAACGCGGCUGUGGAGGCCAAGGAAGGCGCUCCGCCAGUAGCCACGUCUACAGCGCUGGCGGGGGCGAAGCGAUUUCGCUUCAUGCCGCCCAUUCCUCUGCGAGCGGAUAGAUCGAUGGAUGUGGACAGCGAAGAUGGGGCUGGGGAGGAGGAAGGGGAGGAGGAGGAGGAAACUGACGAGAUCAUUGUGGAGAUCGAGUCGAGAAGCGAGCCAAGAAGCGCCUGCAGCAUCGAGUCCGACGAGGAGGAUGAGUUCCUCUCGCCGUUAGCAUCGGCCAAUGUGUCUUUAGUGGACCAGGUUCCAUCGCGGGAUUCUCCUCGUUCUUUCGCGGCACCAGCAGGCCCACAGCCCCGGAACUCAUUGCUUCGUGGGAGGAACGAAAUCGGAAGCAAGAUUGCUACUGGGGCAGGGAGCGAGAGUAGUAGUGGAUUCGGCAGCUUUGCCACCGUCCAACCGGCUCAGACGGCAUCGCAUUCCCAGUUCGUGCCCACCAUCUGCUCCUCCAAGAUGUGCGAGACGCAGUCGCAGGUCUUCUCCAGCGGCAGCUGUGGGGUAAAGAUCUCCGAGCGGACUACCAUCUGCGGCGAAAUGGAAUCAACUGAUCUUGGUGCGGAGUUGACGGCCGCACCCAGCGCACAAUGGUCCCUGCCUUUGGCAAGGCCUGCCAUCCAGGGACACCACCAGAUGAUGGACACCACGCUGGGAAUGUCCACCUACGAUGUAGCGUCACUUGAGCAGCCAGACACUGAGGAUCAGGAGCAAGAACAGGAACUGAAGCUGGGUGACACACAAUCGCUUGAGGAGCAACAGAGUCCACAGGACGAACUGAUGCAGGAGCAGGAGCAAGGUCAAGAUCAAGCACAGGCACAAGAGCCUUCGGAGACCGGCGGUCAACUUGCGUUCCUGGGCAGCACAGAAGCAACGGCGCAGGAGCCCCUCUCCUCGCCCACCUACAGCCUGAGUAGCGAAGACUCGGUCUUGUCCUCGGCCGGCAUUAGGAAUCCCCUGCUGCCAACCCUGCAGACCGAUGACCCUAUGUACUCCAUCGUUGUUGAGUCGACGGGCUCCAUAACCACAUCCCGAUCGGUAACGCACACGCCCACCUCCUUCCUGCCCAGCGACACGAACGUCUCUCAGACCUCUAGUCCGCGGGCACCUCAUGGCGACGAUGGAGAUGCUUCCCCGAUCUCUCUGUAUCGUGCCAAUAGUCUGGAAACGGUUGAUGACCUGGACACCACCAAGGGGUCGCUGGAGGAAGAGGAGGAAUACGACGAGGAUGACUGCGUCAUAGCGCUUGACGGAACAGAAGUGCGCGGCUAUGUUGCCCGGCCCCAGCAAUCGGCGGCCUCCAGCAGUGCGGAGCUGUUCGCCUUCAAGGACGAAUGCCAGGAGGAGGCGGCUAAGGGCCCCAGUCCCUUCCUUUCGCUGGGCGCCACGGUCAACAGCGACUCGGAGGUGGCCGACACGAUUGUCCUAGACAGCGAUGACGAGUCGCCAAAGGAAAAGGAUCUUGCUCUGCCGGAGCAGCAGAAAGAGUGGCCUAUGGAAGAGGAGGCCCCGAGCAAUGAUUCGGUGGCCACAGUGGCCUUUAGCGAACAUAAGCAGCCACUUGCCGAUAUCGAUAUCGAGAUGAAGGUGGAGGCGGUGCCGGAAGUGGAACCAUUGCCAACAGACCAAGGAACGAGCUGCGUUGGUCUGGAAGAAGUGCCAGAAGAGGAGGUCGACGUAGAAGCCGAAGAGGAACUCGUUGUGGUGGGCGAAGGGGCGGCGAAUGAGCAGUCCAAAGACAAAACGGAGACCAAAGUAGCUUCCGAGGCGAAAGCCCAACCCAAUCCAGAACCACUAUUGCCCGAAGAGGAGGAUUCAAGGCAAAGCCUCAAGCUGAUAUUCUCCGGUGACGAGGAUGAGGAGCAAGUUAUGCCAGCAGUGACGACACGUUCCCUGCGACCGCGCCGCAGCUCCAUGGAACAGCAGGACAGUCCGCGAACUCUGCGACCGCGUCGCGUUUCCCAGGAGCACCGCGAUAGUCCAACUCCGGUGGCUGGUCGCAGAAUGCGUUUGCGUAGUAGUGACGGCCCAACCACAUCGCCCACAUCCACUCCUCCAGUCUCGACGCCCAAGCGUCGUGGGUUGCAGCACAAGCACCUGCUGGAGGUGAUCGUCGAGCAGAGUCCCAUGGACACUGCGCUACCACGCACCCGCUCGCGCACGCUCCUCAACGUGGACUCGGAGGCCGCGAGCUCCAGACCCGCCACGCCCACUCACGCCAAGGGCCGCGGCAAGAGGGCCACCUCGCAGGCACCGACGACGGAGAGUCCCCGUGUCCGUCGCUCAUUGCGAGGCAACAGCGAGCCGCCCGUUGCGGUGAGUGUGCAGCCCGUGCGCAAACCGAGGGCGGGAGGCGUCAGGACGCGCAAAGCGAGCGGAGGCGACCAGUCUCCCGUGUCUUCGGCUCAGACAGAUGUUCCCCCAGCUGUACCCGAUUCAACUGCACCGGAGGAGCGGCCGCGUCUCCGUCGCACCACUAGACGACGCAUCUCGGAACUGAGCGAUCAGUCCGGGAAUGCCACCACCACAGAUGCUCCUGUCUCGGAAGCCACCAGUUCCAGGACCAGCUCGAGGGCCAACUCCGCCACCAGCAGCACCACCAGCACCCAGAACCGCGAGCUGCGUCCGCGCCAGCGUCGCACCUCCAAGACGGAGCACUAGCUUAAUGCACCCGGAUCACCAGAGUUGAAAAGUGCAUCGAGAUAGGGGGGGAGUGAGGUUGCCACGAAGUAGAAUCGGCAUGGAAAGCACUGAAUUCUUAAGUUUUACUUUGUUCACGUUUAAUACCAAUUUUAAUUGGCAUCAGUUUAAAAUUUUAAAUAAAUGGAAGUUAAAUGGAAAUGA